AGUGCUUGACUGCACUCUCAUCUACAUCUCCGCUCGUCAUUACAGUAAACGAAGAACCAAGAUGCCUCCCAAGAAGCAAGUGGUUGAGGAGAAGAUUCUCCUGGGUCGUCCUGGAAACAACCUGAAGAGCGGCAUUGUUGGGCUAGCAAACGUUGGCAAGUCUACGCUCUUCCAGGCCAUCACCAAGUGCAACCUGGGUAACCCUGCGAACUUCCCCUAUGCCACCAUUGACCCGGAAGAGGCUCGCGUCAUCGUCCCUGAUGCGCGUUUUGACUGGCUGUGCGAGAAGUACCAGCCCAAGUCGCGGGUGCCCGCCAACCUCACAGUCUACGACAUUGCCGGUUUGACCCGUGGUGCCUCGACAGGUGCCGGCCUGGGCAAUGCUUUCCUGUCCCACAUUCGCGCUGUCGAUGCCAUCUUCCAAGUCGUGAGGUGUUUCGACGAUGCUGAGAUUAUCCACGUCGAGGGCGACGUCGACCCCAUCCGCGAUCUUGACAUCAUCAGCGAGGAGCUGCGGUUGAAGGACAUUGAAUUCGUCGAGAAGGCGCUCGAGAACCAAAAGAAGAAGACGCGCCAGGGCGGUCAAAGUUUGCAGAUGAAGCAGUGGAAGGAGGAGGAGGCUACGAUUGAGAAGAUCCUUGCCUGGUUGAAGGAUGGCAAGGACGUCCGCAAGGGCAACUGGGCUCCUAAGGAGGUCGAGGUCAUCAAUCCUCUUUUCCUCCUGACGGCCAAGCCAGUAGUUUUCCUGGUCAAUCUCUCUGAGAAGGACUACAUCAGGAAAAAGAAUAAGCACCUUCCCAAGAUUGUCGAGUGGGUCAAGGAGCAUGCCGAGGGAGACCCCAUCAUCCCCAUCUCUGUCUCCUUCGAGGAGCGCUUAACCAGGUUCGAGACAGAGGAGGAGGCCAAGGAAGAGUGCAAGAAGGUUGGGGCGGAAUCCGCGCUGCCCAAGGUCAUUGUCCAGAUGCGCAAGGCCCUCAACCUGGGCAGCUUCUUCACUGUUGGCCCCGAUGAGGUCCGGCAAUGGACCAUCCGGAACGGCACCAAGGCACCGCAAGCAGCUGGCGUCAUUCACACAGAUUUUGAGAAGACAUUCAUCCAGGCCAUUGUGUACAACUACAACGUCCUCAAGGAGCUCGGCGACGAAUCCGAGGUGAGGGCGAAGGGCAAGAUGAUGACCAAGGGCAAGGAUUACGUCGUCGAGGAUGGCGACAUCCUGCUGAUCAAGGCUGGCGCUGCCAAGGCCUAAAGCUACCCAGGUCAAUGGUACGAGAGUUCUGACACAUGCUUGGGCUGCUGCGCGACCUAUGUUAGAAUCGCUGAUGUGGUUCCAUGGAAGCCAUACUUUGGAUGUGGAGUAAAUGUAAUGAGAGCUCAGGCAUGAGCGUCUCGAUGGCCAUCAUGCGAGAUGGAGUCCGCGAUGCAAGGCUGGGCCGAGCAAAAUGCAAUCAAGCGGCAGAUCACAGCUCUAUCCUGUGGUUGCUGUCAGCGUGUCCGUGGGUACUAGGCACUACACUGCACAUGCAAACAUUCGCAGCCCAAUGGCGCAACCCACGCAGCCGUACCUGGUAGCUCCGUGAAUUAGGUAGACGGAAUAUCCGCAGAGCCCAAGCCCUGUAAACUUGGAGAGCAGCCACCAUCAACGCAG